AUGUUUUCGUUGAGAGAUUCUGCUUGGAUUUUAUCGUUGUUUUAUAGCGCCAUUCUCGUUGCGUGUGAAACCAGAAAACCGAAUAUUAUUUUUAUAGUAGCCGAUGAUUUGGGUUGGAACGAUGUCGGCUUCCACGGUUCUAAUCAGAUUCCCACCCCAAAUAUCGACGCUCUAGCAUACUCAGGUCUAAUUUUGAACAAUUAUUACGUGACUGCGAUAUGCACCCCUUCCAGGAGUGCUAUAAUGACGGGAAAGUACCCUAUCCAUACGGGCAUGCAGCACACGGUACUAUACGGAGCAGAAGCUCGCGGUUUGCCGCUCAAAGAGAAACUAUUGCCUCAAUAUUUGCAAGAAUUAGGCUACGAUAACCACAUCGUUGGCAAGUGGCAUUUGGGCUCGUACAAAAGGGAGUACACACCCACCUUUAGAGGGUUCAAAUCACACCUUGGCUAUUGGACCGGGCAUCACGAUUACAACGAUCACACGGCCGUGGAAGCGCCGGGUUGGGGUUUGGACAUGAGAAGGAACCUCUCGGUAGCCUACGACUUGCACGGCAAAUACUCCACGGACGUUUUCACGCAAGAGUCCGUGAGAAUUAUCAAAACUCACAAUGUAAGCAAACCGCUCUUUCUGUACCUGGCCCACGCCGCCGUCCACUCUGGAAACCCCUAUAAUCCCCUUCCCGCACCCGACGACGUUGUUAAGAGCUUUUCCUUCAUAAAAAAUUAUAAUAGGCAACGAUUCGCAGCUGUGCUGAGCAAACUGGACCAGUCGGUGGGAGCUGUGACCCAAGCGCUAGCGGAUAGAGGGAUUUUAUCUAACAGCUUGAUAGUGUUUACCACGGAUAACGGGGGCCCGGCGGAAGGGUUCAACUUGAACGCGGCCUCGAAUUAUCCCCUUAAAGGGGUGAAAAAUACUCUAUGGGAGGGCGGCGUGAGAGGAAGCGCCCUGCUCUGGAGUCCUCUUAUACGAAAACCCAAUCGAAUAGCCACGCAAAGAAUGCAUUUGGUGGACUGGUUGCCUACGUUAGUAGACGCUGCUGGUGGAGAUUCUUGUCAAUUAUCGCACAUAGAUGGUGUAACACAAUGGAGAGCUCUUUCAAAUGACGAGCCAUCUAAUAGAACUGAGAUACUGCAUAAUAUUGAUGAUAUUUACGGCAAUGCUGCAAUAACCGUUGGUUCUUGGAAAUUACUAAAAGGUACAACGUAUAAUGGCAGUUGGGAUAACUGGUAUGGACCCAGUGGCAGGACAGGUUACGAUUACGAUAUACAACAAGUUAUCGAUUCCCCGGCGGGAAAAGCCCUUCAGCGAAUAAAUAAGGCAGCCACUGUUCAACAAAUUUUAGAUAUGAGACCUAAAGCUACCAUUAACUGCUCGAUUUCUGAUUUUUUGCAAGGAGACAAUUGUAACCUUCUGGAAGAAAAUUGUUUGUUCAACAUAGAAGAAGAUCCAUGCGAAUUUAAUAAUAUGGCCAAAAGUUAUCCUGCGAUAGUAGCGCGUUUAUUACAAAAAUUGGAUUCUUACAAUCAAACGGCCAUACCUCCAGGAAAUCUACCCCUUGAUCCUCGGGGGAAUCCCAAGUAUUGGAAUUACGUGUGGACUAAUUUUGGGGACUACUUUCCAGAUGGUGAUGUCACUACUGUAAUAAAUAUUUGA